AUGAUUGAAUUUUGUUUAAAAUUUUUUCUAUCUACAAAUUCUUGGCUUCAUGCAUGUGUUGGAAUUGAACGUGCAAUAAUUGUUCAAUUUGGUGCACAAUUCAACAAGAAACGAAGUAUAACAAUGGCUAAGCUAAUUAUUUCAUUAAUCAUUUUUUUAAACAUGACAUCAAUAAUUCAUGAUCCUUUCUAUCGUCAUUUAAUUGAAGAUCCUCUUGAACAGCGAGCUUGGUGUGUAAUUAGCUAUCCAUCAUCUUUCUUGAAGAUUUAUGAUACAACAACUGCAAUGUUUCAUUUUCUUAUGCCAUUUUUAAUUAAUAUUAUAUCAGCUAUUAUUAUUAUUAUUAAAACUGCAAGAAUGAAAUCAUUAGUAAUGGAUACAACAAAUUAUUAUCAACAAUUUUAUAUUCAUAAACAUUUAAUUAUAAGUCCAAUUAUAUUAAUUUGUUUAGCCGUACCUCGACUAAUCAUUUCUCUUAUUUCAACGUUGAUUGUACCAGUUGUAAUUCAUGUCCAGUGGUUGAUAACAGGACAUUGGGAACUUGUUGCCACAAUAACGAACAAGAAUGGUGUUGUAUUAUGGAUCCCUUCUGUGGGAACUCGUUUCGUACAUGCAAAUCUGCCAAUGACCUAUUAA